CCCCUCCCCCCACCCCCCCCCAAAAAAAAAACCGGACCCGCUCGCGCAGCGCCAUGGGGGGGGCGCAGCUCCUGGCCCUGCUGACCCUCCUGGCGCCCCCCGCGGUUUCGGGGACCCCCGGGGACCCCCUGGCCGUGCUGAGCCCCGGGGCCGGGGGUCUCCCCGCGCUGCUGGGGGGGGGGUCCGGCCGCCCCCCGUGCCGGCCCGUGAACGUGACGGUGGCGCUGGAGAAGGAGGAGUGUCCCCAGUGCCGGGCGGUGACAGCCACGGCCUGCGGGGGCUUCUGCAGGACACGGGAGCCGGUUUACCGCAGCCCCCUGGGCCCCCCCCGGCAGGCCGCCUGCACCUACGCCGGGGUUCGCUACGAGCGCUGGGUCCUGGGGGGCUGCCCCCCCGGCACCGACCCCGCCGUCACCGUGCCCGUGGCGCUGGGCUGCCGCUGCGGCCGCUGCCCCAUGGCCGCCGCCGACUGCGCCGUGCUGGGGCUGGGACCCGCCUUCUGCGGGGCCCCCGCGGGGUUUGGGGGGUCCUGAGCUCGGCUCUGGGGAUCCUCACCUCUCCUUUGUGGGGGUUUUAUUUUGGGGGGGGGUAAUAAAACCUCCAGGCCGCCAGGGGGCGCUGUGUG